GUGUGUGCAGCUCUCUGGUCUGGAGAGCGAGAUGCGCGCGCACCCACGAUCGGCAGCGCGAGAGAAAGAGAGAGAGCGAGCGAGAGCGAGAGAGGGAGUUGUGCACCAAGGCCGUCCUGCCACCUCAACAUGGAGUAGACCCUAGACCCUAGCACCGUUUUUCGCGACCAAAAAGGAAAGGAAUACCCGCCACGGCUCCGAGGUUGUGUGUCCACUCUUAAUGCCCGGCCCCGCGGUACGGUAGCAGCGAAGUCUUGCUCGGAUCGCGAAGGAGGGAUCGGCAUUUAUCGGAAAGAUGGCGAACGACUCUCCGGCUAAAAGUCUGGUAGACAUAGACCUGGCUUCAUUGCGGGAUCCAGCUGGGAUAUUUGAAUUGGUGGAGGUGGUUGGGAAUGGCACCUAUGGACAAGUAUACAAGGGACGGCAUGUCAAAACAGGACAGCUGGCGGCCAUCAAGGUCAUGGAUGUCACUGAGGACGAGGAGGAAGAGAUCAAGUUGGAGAUCAACAUGCUGAAGAAGUACUCUCACCACAGGAACAUCGCCACCUACUAUGGGGCCUUCAUCAAGAAGAGCCCCCCAGGACACGAUGACCAGCUCUGGCUGGUGAUGGAGUUCUGCGGGGCAGGCUCCAUCACCGACCUGGUGAAGAACACUAAGGGGAACCAGUUGAAGGAGGACUGGAUCGCCUACAUCUCCCGGGAGAUCCUCAGAGGCCUCGCCCACCUUCACGCCCACCACGUCAUCCAUCGAGACAUCAAGGGCCAGAACGUUCUGCUGACGGAGAACGCCGAAGUCAAGCUGGUGGACUUCGGCGUGAGCGCCCAGCUGGACCGCACGGUGGGCCGCCGGAACACCUUCAUCGGCACGCCCUACUGGAUGGCGCCCGAGGUCAUCGCCUGCGACGAGAACCCCGACGCCACGUACGACUACAGGAGCGACCUCUGGUCGACCGGCAUCACGGCCUUGGAGAUGGCAGAGGGAGCUCCACCGCUCUGCGACAUGCACCCGAUGCGUGCGCUCUUCCUCAUCCCAAGGAACCCUCCUCCUCGACUGAAAUCUAAAAAAUGGUCCAAGAAGUUCAUCAGCUUCAUCGAGGCGUGCCUGGUGAAGAACUACACCCAGCGGCCGCCCACGGAGCAGCUGCUGAAGCACCCCUACAUCCGGGACCAGCCCAACGAGAGGCAGGUCCGCAUCCAGCUCAAGGACCACAUCGACCGCACCAAGAAGAAGCGUGGCGAGAGGGACGAGACGGAGUACGAGUACAGCGGCAGCGAGGAGGAAGAGGAGGAGCCCGCGGAGCAGGACGGGGAACCAAGCUCCAUCGUCAACGUUCCGGGUGAGUCCACGCUGCGCCGGGACUUCAUCCGGCUGCAGCAGGAGAACAAGGAGCGCUCAGAGGCGCUGCGGCGGCAGCAGCUGCUGCAGGAGCAGCAGAUGAGGGAGCAGGAGGAGUACAAGAGGCAGCUGCUGGCCGAGCGGCAGAAGCGCAUCGAGCAGCAGAAGGAGCAGAGGAGGCGGCUGGAGGAGCAACAGCGCCGCGAGCGCGAGGUGCGGCGGCAGCAGGAGCGCGAGCAGCGCCGCCGCGAGCAGGAGGAGAAGCGCCGCGUGGAGGAGACGGACCGCCGCCGCAAGGAGGAGGAGGAACGCCGGCGGGCCGACGACGAGAAGAGGAGGAACGACCGGGAGCAGGAGUACAUCCGCCGGCAGUUGGAGGAGGAGCAGAGGCACCUGGAGAUGCUGCAGCAACAGCUGCUCCACGAGCAGGCCAUGCUGUUGGUGAGAGACACACACACACACACACACACACACACACACACAGUCCCGGUGAGGACGACGUCCAGGUCUCCUGUGCUGUCCCGGCGCGAGUCGCCCUUGCCGACGCAGCCUAGCAACCAGGUCGCCCAGAGGAACGUCGGCAGCAGCGCGGAGCCCCGUCCGCUGUGGGACCGCGUGGAGAAGCUGCAGCCGCGGCCGGGCAGCGGCAGCUCCUCGGGCUCGUCCAACUCCAGCUCCCAGGCUGGCUCCGGGGACCGCUUCAGGCCUCGCUCCUCUUCCAAAUCCGAAGGGUCGCCCCUCCAACGACCGGACAACGCUGCCAAAAAGACAGAAGACAAGAACCUGGCCAGGCCAAGCCGGCCAGCCGACCUGACGGCCCUGGCCAAGGAGCUGCGUGCCGUGGACGACGUGCGGCCCCCGCACAAGGUCACGGACUACUCCUCCUCCAGCGACGACUCGGGCACCACCGACGAGGAGGAGGACGAGGAGGUGGACCAGGAGGCAGGCGAGGAGUCCACGUCCGGGGCCGAGGACUCCAGGGCUGGGAGGCUGAGCAACGGCGAGACGGAGUCCCUGAAGACCAUGUUGGCCGAGGACUCUGAGAGCGACCAGGCCACAACGCCCUCCAAAGACGGCACCCUGGUCAUCAGACAGAGCGCCAGUGAGCUAAAGAGUGCGGCGGCGGCUCUGGUCGCCGCCGCUGGCUCUGGCCCGCCGGAGAAAAACGGCUUGCACCACCUCCCGCACCACCUCCUCCUCCUCCACCAGCAGCAGCAGCAGCAGCAGCAGCAGCUGCCCGACCUUAUCCAGCAGAGCCACCCCUCCCCUUCCUUGGCCGCCUCCUCCUCCGCCUCCUCCACCACCUCAUCCUCCGCCUCCUCCACCCCCAUGCCCUCCUCCUCCACCUCCACCUCCACCUCCACCUCCUCCUCCUUCCCCCCGGCGUCCAGCCACAACGGCUCCCAGGCCUUGCGGCCGCAGAACCUCCUGGAUCAGCUCAAUGCCGAGGAGACCCAGUCGGCCAGCAGCACCAUGACCAAACACAAGUCUUCGUCCUCCUUCACUCCCUUCAUCGACCCCCGCCUCCUCCAGGUCUCGCCCUCCAGUGGCAGCUCCCUCAACAACAUGGCGAGCUUCGGCCAGGACGUGCGGCUGCCCGAGGCUCUGCGCGCCGACCCCUCCCGCAAGGGCUCGGUGGUGAACGUGAACCCGGUCAACACGCGCCCGCAGAGCGACACGCCCGAGAUCCGCAAGUACAAGAAGAGGUUCAACUCGGAGAUCCUGUGCGCCGCGCUCUGGGGUGUGAACCUGCUGGUGGGCACCGAGAGCGGGCUGAUGCUGUUGGACCGCAGCGGCCAGGGGAAGGUCUACCCGCUCAUCAACCGCCGGCGCAUCCAGCAGAUGGACGUCCUUGAGGGCCUCAACGUACUGGUCACCAUCUCGGGCAAGAAGAACAAGCUGCGUGUCUACUACCUGUCGUGGCUGAGGAACAAGAUUUUGCACAACGACCCCGAGGUGGAGAAGAAGCAGGGCUGGGUUACCGUGGGCGACCUGGAGGGAUGCGUCCACUACAAAGUCGUGAAAUAUGAGAGGAUUAAGUUCUUGGUGCUGGCUUUGAAGAACGCUGUGGAGGUGUACGCCUGGGCGCCCAAACCCUACCACAAAUUCAUGGCCUUCAAGUCUUUCGGUGACCUGGUGCACAAACCUCUGUUGGUGGACCUGACGGUGGAGGAGGGCCAGAGGUUAAAGGUCAUCUACGGCUCGUACUCGGGCUUCCACGCCGUGGACGUCGACUCCGGCGCCGUCUACGACAUCUACCUUCCCACGCACAUCCAGACCAGCAUCCAGUCCCACGCCAUCAUCAUCCUGCCCAACACGGACGGCAUCGAGCUGCUGGUGUGCUACGAGGACGAGGGCGUCUACGUCAACACCUACGGCCGCAUCACUAAGGACGUGGUGCUGCAGUGGGGCGAGAUGCCCACCUCCGUGGCCUACAUUAGGUCCAACCAGAUUAUGGGCUGGGGGGAGAAGGCCAUCGAGAUCCGCUCGGUGGAGACGGGACACCUGGACGGGGUCUUCAUGCACAAGAGGGCCCAGCGGCUCAAGUUCCUCUGUGAGAGGAAUGACAAGGUGUUCUUCGCCUCGGUGCGCUCCGGCGGCGCCAGCCAGGUGUACUUCAUGACCCUGGGACGCACCUCUCUGAUGAGCUGGUAGUCAUGACGACCGCAUCCCCCGAAGAAGAAGAAGAAGAAAAAAAAAAACGGGAAAAAAAAGGAAAACCAAACCUGCCGGCCAGGCAGGGGUGGGCGCGACAAAACCACACACUUAAAAAACACAUGCACGAACGUACGCACGCACGCAAAAAUACGAAAAAGCGGCCGACGGACUUUGACGAUACUUCCCGAAGAAGACAAACGACCCUGUGCUGAUGUAUAGACUGAACUGUAUUGGACAUUUGUUUCGUUAGAGGAGGAGGAGGAGGCGGCGGCGGCAGCGGUUGGGGGGGAAGGAUUUCCAACUGGCAGACGGAAGAGUCUAUGUGUGUUUGCGGGAAGGGGGGGACUGGGGUGUAAUCGUACCCUACAGCAUGGAACAGGCCCCUCCUCGUGGCGCGCAACCCCCCCUCCCCCCUAGCCCUUUCGCUUCCCCUUGUCUCUUUCGGCGGCCAUCUUUGAGGUGGUGUAGCAUGGAUGGUAAACAUAUACGUGUCAUAGUAAUGCUUAGUCUUCUGUGUGUGUGUGUGUGUGUGUGUGUGUGUGUGUGUGUGUGUGUGUGUGCGCGUUUGGAGGAGGGCGGGGCCAGAGCUAGAGUCUGUAAAAGUGAGAAAAAGGCAGAUGUGUGCGAAUGGAAAGUGUGCGAGUGUGUGGAUGCUAAGAAGUCAGUUCCGUACUAAUACCGUUUUGUUUUAAAGGCCGCCCUGAUCCCGCGCAGGUCUAGUGUCGGCCGUUUGAUACCACUCGCCAACCAAAUUGUAUUCCUGUGUGAUCCUAGCUUGACAUAAAUCCCCAGGGCCUUGUAUCUGCGUACUUAUAUUUUGUACCCUGUUCUCCGUUAAGGGGAGAUCCACCAGGGGGUGACAUUCUGUGCCAUUGUUUGUGUGUCUUUUUAAGAACUUUAUAAGUGUCCCCUCAAAUUACAGGGUAUGGGGGAAUUGACUUGUACAUAGGCAUACACCUCGCGCAGGCGUCGCCCCGACAG